AUGAUCAGUCGUGCUAACUGUGCUUUGCUUACACAGAAGCUUCAACAAGAUGUCAAGGAGUUUCGGAAUUCCUUCCUGGUGCUCUUACAAAGCUGUCAGGUGGAGCACCAGAGCUGCCUUUCUGACGUCACGGCUGUUGUGCAGAGGGCAGAGCUGAGUGGCGAGGCUCUUCGAGCUUGUCAGUCGGAGGCUACACACCUACAGCAGUGCUUGCAGGAACUGGAGUCACGCUACCACUUGGAGCAGCAGAGGAGGAGGACCCUCCAUAACAGCCUGGUGGAGCUGAAAGGAAACAUCCGAGUCCACUGUCGCAUCCGUCCCCCUGUGUCGGCUGAUAAGGAGCUGGUUGGUUCGACUUCACAGAACUGCACCACCCCUGGAGAAGUGGUCCAUGCUGUUGAUGACGAAACAGUCCUGGUGAGGUGUGUGCUUCCUGGCCGCCCUCCUGCUGAGAAGACCUACAACUUCGAAAGAGUGUACGGCCCGGCAGAACCUCAGGCAGCGGUGUUUGGAGAUGUGCGCCCCCUCCUCAUAUCCCUUCUGGAUGGGUAUAAUGUUUGCAUUAUGGCAUACGGACAGACUGGAAGUGGGAAAAGCUACACCAUGUUGGGGCCCCACUCUGAAGAUGACUCUGCGCUGCGAUCAGGUGCUCGUGACGACUUGGGGAUCAUCCCCAGAGCAGCGGAGGAACUCUUCAGGCUCAUGUCAGAAAACCCUUCAAGAAGUCCAAAGGUUGAGGUUUCCAUUGUAGAAAUUUAUAACAACAACAUUUUUGACCUUCUGGCCAAAGAUGGUUCUGCAGUCAUGUCUGGGGCUAAGUGCCAGGCAGUGACAACCCAGGAGGGACGUUCAGAAGUACCCAAGCUGACCUGCAGGUCUGUCACCAGUGCUGUGGAGUUUGUGGGGCUCAUUCACAGAGGCGUGAAACUCAGAGUGCAACACCCCACCCUGGUACACCAGAACUCUUCCCGAUCUCACCUGGUUGUCACGGCAACACUGACCACAGCUUCCUCCUUGGGCAGCACUGCCCCACGGUCCAGCCAGGCUUCCCUCCAGAAGAAAGCAGGGGCAGGGAGCUGGUGGACUGCCCGUCCCCAGGCUUCAUCUCCGCACACCGUUCCAGUGGACUCUGCAGACCAAGCUGAGCAGGUGCUGGCCAAGCUGCAGCUUGUGGAUUUGGCCGGCAGUGAGUGUGCAGCAGUGUCGGGGGUGACUGGUUUGGCACUGAAGGAGGCCUCCUUCAUCAACCGGAGUCUGGCUGCCCUCGCAGAUGUCCUUGGAGCCCUGUCAGAGCACUGUGACCACAUCCCUUAUCGGAACAGCAAGCUCACGCACCUGCUCCAAGAUUCCAUCGGCGGUGAUGCAAAGUUGCUGAUGAUUCUGUGCAUAUCCCCCGGGCAGAAGCACAUGGCAGAGACUCUACGGGGCCUAAACUUUGGGGCUCGAGCGCGGCAGGUUGAGCGAAGAGCACCCAGAAGGAGACCUCGCAGCUCCCAAAUGCAGAGGUCAGGGAUGGGCCUGCCAGGGUCACCCACUCUUCCUUGAGAUGUGCUUUAUGUCAUUGCUUUAGGAUGUGUGUACUUCAGAAAUAAACAGUGUUCUCUUGGCCUCGA